AUGGCCCGCCGACCAGGAAAAUAUGGCAACAAUUAUAGAUCGCAGUCGUCAUCGUUUAUACCGAAGAAGUCAAAGACCAUUGGUGUGUCAUCUCUACGGUCGAGCGAAGCGACCUCUCAAGAUGAAAAAUUCCAAGCGUUACGGAUUGCGGACGAGAUCGAUGAGACGAUGGGAUUUGCGCGAUAUGAGGCAGGGAAGAAGCGAAUUGGGUGGCUAUGCAACAUGCAUAGUACAACAAUAGAAGACGCAAAGAUACCUGGUGGCCGAGCGGCAGUAGAGUUCUAUUUUCUCGAAGAUAAUGGCGGCAGUUUUAAGGCGGCGGUCGAGUACGACCCUUAUUUCCUGGUAGCUACAAAACGAGGACAUGAAGCGGAAGUAGAGGAAUGGUGCAAGCGAUCAUUCGAGGAGCUAGUGAAAGGGGUAAAGGUGGUGGAAAAGGAGGAUUUGCAAAUGCCAAAUCAUUUGCUUGGAUAUAGAAGGAAGUUUUUGCAGUUGAGCUUUGCCAACGUCUCGGACCUGCUUGCAGUACGAAAAACCAUCUUUCCCAUUGCUGUCAAAAAUAGAAAGAAUGUCAAUGCGAUGGAUACCUAUGCGGAGCUUGCAAGUGCAAAUGCUGGAUUUGAUCUUUUUGACGAUGCCUCGAAUAGCCACGGACAAAACUCCCUGCAGGAUGCCGCGGACUAUAUUGUGGAUAUCAGAGAAUAUGACGUACCUUACCAUGUCCGCGUCUCAAUCGAUAAAGAUAUCCGCAUUGGAAAGUGGUAUACGGUUCAGUCAAUCCACGGUGUUAUAACGUUGACCUGCCUUGAGGAAAGGCUGCAAAGAGCUGACCCAAUCGUUCUUGCAUAUGAUAUAGAAACCACGAAACUUCCGUUGAAAUUCCCGGAUGCUGCGAUUGACCAGGUUAUGAUGAUAUCAUAUAUGAUUGACGGACGAGGUUACCUGAUUACAAAUAGGGAAAUCGUCUCUGAGGAUAUCAACGAUUUUGAAUAUACCCCCAAACCCGAAUACCAUGGGCCUUUUACGAUUUUCAAUGAACCGGAUGAGAAAUCUGUUCUAGAGCGUUUUUUUAGCCACGUAAAGGAAGCAAAACCAAGCGUUAUGGUUACUUAUAACGGUGAUUUUUUCGAUUGGCCCUUUGUUGAAGCACGAGCAAGUGUCCAAGGAAUUGACAUGUACGCUGAAAUUGGCUUCCGAAAAAAUAGCGAGGACAUAUACCAAAGUGAUCAUUGCGUUCAUAUGGAUGCGUUUUCAUGGGUAAAUCGUGAUAGUUACCUUCCGCAGGGAAGCCGUGGCUUGAAAGCUGUUACGGUUGCGAAGUUGGGUUACGACCCCGAUGAGCUCGACCCGGAAUUAAUGACCAGAUAUGCGAGUGAACGGCCUCAAACAUUAGCCGAAUACUCGGUUUCUGAUGCUGUAGCGACAUAUUAUCUAUAUAUGAAAUAUGUCCAUCCAUUUAUCUUUUCACUCUGUACCAUUAUCCCACUGAGUCCAGAUGAAGUUCUUCGAAAAGGUACCGGAACCCUCUGUGAAAUGUUGCUGAUGGUUCAAGCCUACCAGCAUAACAUUGUUCUGCCCAACAAACAUAUGGAUCCCAAUGAAUCAUUCUAUGAAGGUCAUCUUCUUGACUCUGAGACUUACGUUGGCGGCCACGUGGAAAGUAUUGAGGCCGGUGUAUUCCGCAGUGAUAUCCCAGUUAAUUUUACUGUUGAUACAACCGCUAUUGACGAGCUCCUUCGUGAUCUUGAUGCAGCGCUCGAGUUCAGUAUAACCGUGGAAGAAAAGAAAUCCAUGGAAGACGUGGUCAACUACUCCGAAGUCAAGGCACAAAUUACGGAAAGGCUCCUUAAUCUGAAAAAUUCACCGAACCGAAAGGAGAGACCAUCUAUUUAUCAUUUAGAUGUUGCGUCUAUGUAUCCCAACAUUAUGACUACAAACAGGUUGCAGCCAGAUUCAAUGAUCAAGGAGUCCGACUGUGCUGCCUGCGAUUUCAACAGGCCUGGGAAAACCUGCGACAGACGCCUACCAUGGUCUUGGAGAGGAGAAUUUUUACCAGCAAAACGCGACGAAUAUAACAUGAUCCGACGUGCGGUUGAGAACGAAAAGUUUCCUGGGAAGACAAAGAACCACCCCCCAAGAAGCUUCGAGAGCCUUGAUGAAAGUGAACAAGCCACGAUCGUGAAGAAACGGCUACAGGAAUAUAGCAAGAAAAUUUAUCACAAAAUUCGUGAAACGAGAACCAUCGAACGCGAAGCCAUCAUUUGCCAGAGAGAAAACCCCUUCUAUGUUGAUACCGUCAGGAACUUCAGGGAUCGAAGAUAUGAUUUCAAAGGCAAACAGAAAGUCUGGAAAGGCAAGGUAGAGUCUCUCAAGUCUUCUGGUGCUGCAAAUUCGGAAGUUGAAGAAGCAAAGAAGAUGGUUGUUCUCUUUGACUCUCUUCAGCUUGCCCAUAAAGUUAUUCUGAACAGUUUCUACGGCUAUGUGAUGAGAAAAGGUUCUCGAUGGUAUUCCAUGGAAAUGGCUGGAGUUACUUGCUUAACUGGAGCACAUAUCAUCCAGAUGGCAAGGGAACUAGUGGAACGGAUUGGACGACCUCUGGAGCUCGAUACUGAUGGUAUUUGGUGCAUGUUGCCAGGCACUUUUCCGGAGAACUUCGUAUUCAAACUUGUAAAUGGUAAAAAACUCGCCAUUUCAUACCCUUGCGUUAUGUUGAACCAUCUAGUUCACGGUCGAUUCACAAACCAUCAAUAUCAGACCCUUUCGGAUCCUUCUACGUUCAGAUACACAACUCACAGUGAUAAUUCUAUCUUUUUCGAGGUCGAUGGCCCCUACAGGGCCAUGAUUCUACCAACCUCAAAGGAAGAGGAUAAGAACUUGAAGAAGCGUUAUGCUGUAUUCAAUCAUGAUGGAUCUCUUGCUGAAUUGAAAGGGUUUGAGGUAAAGCGAAGGGGAGAGCUUAAACUCAUCAAGGUGUUUCAGACACAAAUUUUUAAGUUCUUUCUUGAGGGAACUACACUUGAAGAGACAUAUGGAGCUGUAGCUGAAGUUGCGAACAGAUGGCUGGAUGUUCUACAUAUGCAUGGCUCAACGUUGGCAGACGAGGAACUAAUUGAUAUGAUAUGUGAAAACAGGAGUAUGUCUAAAACCAUCGAGGAAUACGGGAGUCAAAAAUCUACGUCAAUCACCACCGCCAAACGACUUGCUGAAUUUCUAGGGGAGCAAAUGAUCAAAGACAAAGGACUGAACUGCAAGUAUAUCAUAUCUGCUGCCCCGAGGAACUCCCCUGUCACAGAAAGAGCCGUUCCUGUUGCUAUUUUUUCAGCGGAGGAGAAUAUCAAACGGUUUUUCCUACGUAAAUGGCUGAAAGAGGACCCUGGAGAUAUGGACCCACGUACAAUAAUUGAUUGGGAUUAUUACUUGGAACGAUUGGGAUCCGUGAUUCAAAAAUUGAUAACUAUACCCGCUGCUCUGCAGAAAGUCUCCAAUCCGGUCCCUCGAGUUGCUCACCCGGAGUGGCUUCAGCGAAGGAUCAAUACCAAGGAAGACAGGUUCAAACAAAAGAAAAUGACUGAUCUCUUUACAAAAAACCCAUUAGCCAAUAUCUCAACAAAUAUUAUGGAUCAUCGUGUUCCUUCUGCUGGGGAUAUCGAAGAUAUGAUGCAGCGUGGAAGCCAGAAACCAGGUACACAGAUAGGGAACAAGCUCACUCAGAAGCGAAAAGCUCCAGGGGAUACAGUUAUAUCUCAAGAUCCUUAUGCCAGCCUUCCACCGGUAAUGCCAUCGAUUACCAAGAACUACGAAGACUGGCUCCGUUACCAGAAACAGAAAUGGAAAAUCCAGAAACAAGCACGUCUCCGGCGCCGCAAGCUCUUUGGCGCUAAGAAAACCGCAGCUUCUGACUCGAUUGGCAGUUUCUUCCGAAACCAGGCCGAACUGACCUAUGUCAAUACCUGGCAGAUAUUGCAACUUAGGGAAACUAGUAGCCCGGGUGAGGUGAGGGCAUUCGUGCUGAUUGAUCGGAAAGUGCACACCAUAACCAUCAAAAUACCCCGUCAGAUAUUUAUCAAUUUCAAAGAUGUGGAUCUUCCGGAUGUUGAUAUCACUGGCUGUUCUGUGCAGAAAGUCAAUCACACACUGCCAAAUGGCCAUCCAUCCGUCCAUUUAUUCCAACUGAGUAUGCCAGAAGAGAUAUAUCUGAGAGAAGCAUCAAAGAUAUCCCUAUUACUUAACCACCCAAGCGUUGAAGGAGUGUAUGAGAAGAAAGUGCCAUUCAACGUUCGGGCCGUCCUCAAACUCGGAAACCAUUGUACUUUUGAUGAAGAGCAGCGAGGAGUUCUCGGCAAAGGUUUGGAGCAUGGCUUUGAUUUGUCAACUCUUCUUCCAGCCCCAGAACCGGGUAUUUAUCUCGAAGGAGCAGAAUUUCAAUAUGUCCUGCUCUAUCAUAUAGUCUCCGGUGAACGUGAGAUAUUCUCUGUUUUCUCCACUAAAUCUGGAGAAGCUCAUAUUGUGACGUACACAAAGCAAAGGGACAUCCAAGGAUUUCCCAAUGUCGAUAAAAUUUUCGCGGAGGCUCUGCAACGGAAAGCAGGCGAGCAAAAUAAUGAAGCAUGGCAGCAAAUAUUCCAAUACCAAGAUAAGCUACAUUUCAAGACAACGCAGGUUACAACGAAGCGAAAGGCCCACUUAGAAGUUGGUGACAUUAUUAAAAAGUUUCGCAAUGAGACUACUAUGCCAAUGAUGGUUGUAGUUCAGUCACCCAAAAGUCGCCAGCUUCCACGUCUAAUUUCAAUUCUGAAGGAUUACCCGAUGAUAUCUCUCAGGUCCAAUGCUUCAGAUAAUGAACUGCCGCCGUUGGGCUGGCAAUCAUACGCCGCAAGACAAAUCGUGGUACAUUACUUAGCGCUGGAUUCCUGGGUUAACCAUCUAUUGGGAUUUGCGAGAUACGGUAAUGUACCGAUCGGCAACUUGGAGAAGGAUGACCCUAAACACUUAAUCGAUAUCCUUUAUGCUCGCCAGCUCGAGCAGAGCAAUGUUGUUUUAUGGUGGUCCGCUAGCCCUCUUCCCGAUCACGGUGGAUAUGAAAAGGACAACAUCCUAGGCCCACUAAAUUCGGUUGAGAUGGCUUCUGUCAAUAUAGCCGGUGCAUAUUCUACUGUUUGCAUUGAGCUUGAGGUCCGAAAUCUUGCCAUUAAUACUGUCCUCACCUCAUCACUUAUCAAUGACCUCGAAAACAAUGAACCCGCAUUGCUCAACCCAACAGCUCCAGGAGAUCAAGAGAAAAUCUCGGACGGAACGGGUGUUUUGUAUUCAGACACUGCAUUCUCCGCUGUGGGUAUACUUGUUUUGCGAGAAAUGGUAAAAUCCUGGUGGAACGAAGCCUGCAAGGGCAAUGGGAUGGCAGAUGUCAUGGUCCAGCAUCUUAUUCGAUGGGUGGAGAGUGCGGAUUGCUGUUUAUACGAUCAUGCACUGCACCAGUACAUGCAGAUGAUCCUGAAAAAGGCUUUGCAACAGCUUAUCUUGGCCUUCAAACGAGUUGGGUCCAAUGUCAUUUAUGCAAACCCAAACAGAUUGAUUCUUCAGACAACCAAAACCGAGGUUGGGAAUGCUUAUGCUUACAGCAAAUAUAUUCUUCAAUCUAUUAAGGAAAAGCCGUUGUUCCACUUCCUUGACAUUGACAUCAAGGAAUAUUGGGAUUACUUGAUAUGGUAUGAUCAAUUCAACUAUGGCGGCAAAGCAUGUCAGGAAGUUGUCGAGGCCGACAAGCAAGAGCUGGAAGCCAUUAUGAACUGGCAGAUUAGCAGAUUCUUGCCCACUCCCCUGCAAUCUGUGUUCGUGGACUGGAUUGUGGAGUACGUCGAGAUAAUGCACGGACUCAAGAAACCUGUUACGGUGAAUGGCGAAACCGAUGGGACUCCUCGGCAGACACAACUUCCAUUCCGGCCUGAAGACGAAAGCGAGAGCGUCGAGAUAACUUCAGUGUUGAGCCAAUCCUUCUCUAAAGCACUGAAAAAACAGGUAGCUGGCUUGAUUCGUCGACAGCGUGACGAGAUGUUGCACCCUGAGCUUGCCUCUGACUACGACUUCCCCGUACUUCCUGGAGCGGUGCCUCCUAAGCAUGAACGUAACCCAACCCUAGAGUUGGUUAAAUACCUUAUGCAGGUCCUCGGACUCUCUAAAUACACCACACUGGAAGUGAGGCUUCUCCGUCGAGACCUCCUUGCACUUUUCGACAUCCGCGAGUUUAGUGACGAAGGGAAAUUCGAAAGCCCAAGCUCAAGCUUAGUUCUUUCACAGAUAAUAUGUCAUAAUUGUACUAUGGCCCGGGACUUGGAUCUCUGCCGUGACCCCGAAUUGCUUCCCGAAAGCGGAACGGAGAAUAAUGCGUCGACAACCCUCCCUCCGUGGACCUGCCCUUACUGUUCUACCGAAUACGAUCGGCUAUUCAUCGAAGAGAGGAUUAUUGGCGAAGUCCAAGGUCUUGUGAUGGAGUGGCAAGCACAAGACCUCAAAUGCGCCAAAUGCGCUGGUAUAAUGAUUAACCCAUUCAUGGAACACUGCUCAUGCAGCGGUGAGUGGGCUGAGACUAUCGACAGGCGUGCCACGGAGAAAAGGCUGCGGGUAUACAAAAGCAUAGCUGAUUAUUACGGUUUCAAGAUGUUGUCCAUGGUUACGAAAGGCGUUUUGGAAGGCAUAUGA